AUGAGGUACUGCAAGGUGGCCCGGUACGACGCAGUCUACCGCAGUUUCGGGCUCAUGAAGAACAUGGGAGGGAUCGGCGCGCACAGCGACGCGGACUACGAUAUGCUGAAGCGGUUCGUGGAAGACCCGUGGAUGUGCAAGGACUCGAUGCAGGUCCGCUGCAACGAGCGAGACUUCGACGGCCACGAGAUGAAGAAUCCAGUGCAGCUGGUGGUCUUCGACUUCGACGAGACGCUCACGCUGGCCACCUUCAUGCCUAGCCGAAGACGUGGGAAACGGGGAGUGGUCGGAGGCCGACCUGCGGGACUAUAA